UGGUUGGUUUCAAGUUUCAUAGCAAGACAAGUCUCAAACUCAAUACAGGCACUUCUUUUUUCUCUGUCCUAACACCUUCACAAAUUUCUAUUCUUUUAAUCACAAAAUUAAGGUCAUUUUGUAGCCAUCUCAUCAUUUGUUUUUUGACGUUCAAAAAUGGAUAUGGUGAUGAAGUUGGGAGCAGAAAGUCCAGUAGUAAUUUUCAGCAAAAGCACUUGCUGCAUUUCUCACAGCAUCGAAACCCUAAUUCGAGGUUUUGGAGCAAACCCUACAGUUUAUGAGCUUGAUAAAGUUUCAAAUGGGAAGCAAAUGGAGAAGGCAUUAGUUGAAUUACUAGGGUGUACAUCAAGUGUUCCAGCAGUGUUCAUUGGGGAAGAGUUUGUUGGUGGUUCUAAUGAGAUUAUGAGUCUUAAUGUUAGAGGCAGGCUCAAACAAUUACUUCUAAAGGCUAAUGCUAUUUGGAUAUAGACAUCAAUUUAUUAGCUAUCAAGCAGUGGCAGAACCAUAAUUUUCACUGAGGGAAAUUCAAACUUAUACUAUAUUUAUACAUAGACGUGCAAUUCAACAUAUAUUACAUAUACAAUUAAAAAAUAAAAAUUCGCCUAUCUAAGCAGCAUAAUUUUUCAACGAAGGAGUGUCAAUUAUUGGACUCCUUGAACAAAGGUGGCUACUACUAGUAAGGAGUUUCAUAAUAUAUAGUCGCAUGCAGCAGCUAGUUAGUCUUAUAUCUUUGGUGAUUAUUGUUUGUAUGAUCACCCAGAUAUUUUUGGAUGUACUAAUUAUUAAUAAAGACAUGGUUUUACCACAACUUAAAUACUAAUAUAGCUCUUGUACAAUAAUUUAUCAGUUUCCAGUUAAUGUAAUGUAACACAUUUUCUAGAUCCUGAUCAUAUGAGUGUUCUGGUUUUCUUCUAUGUUGGGGGUUCAAGUGUUCAACACGUUGAACUUUUAUUGUUCCUA